ACUAGUUCUACAACUUGAUAAAGACGAUUGUGUUUCUAAUGUUUUUAAAAAUAUAUAACCUAUUCAAAUAGUUGCAAGAUUGUGACUAUCCAGAUAAUAUAAUGCAUAAACUUGUAUUAAUUGUUGUGAUAGGAUGCUUAUUGUUUAUUGCUAAUGCAUUCAACCACACCUGCAAUCAUAGUUCCAAUUUAAAUUUUACUCGACGGCGAAGAUACAGUAAUCACAACAUAGAAGAACGAUGUACCCUCCCCCCUUUCCCCGAACACGGAGAAUGGAAGCUUCUGAACGGCAAAGCUUCACCAGGGGACAAAAUACCGAAAAACAGCGUCGUAAAAUUCGAAUGCAGUUUUGGAUACAAGUUGUCACAAAUUCAAUACAGAGUUUGUGACGAUAAAUGGAAUUCUGGUCCAUUUCCGGAAUGUGAAGCAUUGUGUCCUCCGCUCUACUCCUCAGCCACAGUCGAUCUAAAAUGCACAGAUAAAAGAGGGAAAGAUAUCAAAUGUAACGAGGCUUCGGAAGGAACUUAUCUAUUAUAUACAUGUGCGCCCUUCUACGAGACGCCGUUUGGCUACAAGAAAACACUCCUUUGUUCAGAAGGAAGUUGGAACUACCCAAAACCAGUGUGCCAACCAGUGUGUGGAAAAACUAUUGUCAAUGACGCCAAACCGUUGAUUUUUGGUUCGGUACCAAAUAAAAAGCUAGAGUACCCCUGGGUUACUGCAGUAUACACAAAAGUAAACAAUACGUUUGAAAAUAUUUGUGGUGGCUCCAUUUUAAGCCUGACUGUGGUGUUAACAGCUGCCCAUUGUGUUACGAACGACUAUGGAGAUGUUUUACCAAAAGAAGACUAUCUUGUUGGAGUUGGAAAACUCUACAACAAGUAUCAGGCUCCUGAAGAUAAAUUUGCUCAAUAUUUAGAACUUUCAAAGAUAAUUGUUCAUGAAAAUUAUAAGGGCGAUAGAAGACGUUUCUUGGGAGAUUUAGCUGUCCUAAUAACGAAAGGAGCAUUCACACUGAACGAUGUGGUUCAACCUGUCUGUUUUAACGACGUAAAUAAUAUUCCUCUACAUGCCGGAAGUAUAGGAGAGAUAUCUGGAUGGGGGAAGACGGAGAGUGGUGGUCCAUCGGAAGUGUUGAGGACCCUUAAGAUCCCCUACAAGUACGAAACGACCUGCGCUCAAGAACUACCUCCCGACUGGGCUGACAAGUACAACAUGAUAGACAAGAUAUGCGCGGGAUUCAUCAAUCAGAGCACCAGCGUGUGCUCCGGCGACAGUGGCAGUGGCCUGGCUUUCAAAAACCCGGAUGAUAACAGGUAUUACCUCCAUGGACUCGUAAGUCUUGGUCCUACGACGACAGAAGGUGAUUGCAAUAUCCAGCAGAACUCCCUCUAUACCAAGGUGGCCUUCUACUAUGAAUUUAUUGACCGCGUCAUGAGUAAGCAUACUAUGACCAUCCAAGACUGCGUGCUGCCUUCUCAUCCGCAAAAUGGCAAGUGGACAAUUGACAAACAAGAGAGAAAACCAGGGGAUGCCGUCCCGUCGAAUACCCUCCUGAAAAUAAAGUGUAAUCUAGGUUUUAAGUUGUCAUCCAAGACGACAAAUAUCGAGUGCGGAUCGGCGCACAACAUGCCUACUUGUCAACUACUGUGUCCACCUCUGAUGUUCCCUCACGGAACCGAAUUCCGCUGCACCAACAAAGAAGGCAGUACCAUCAGCUGCCUGGACGCUGUCGAUGGCACCACCCUGUACUACGACUGCCCGGCUGGCUUCAAAUUUCCUGACGGCACCACCAAUAUUAGAUCCUGCGUCGUGGGAUCUUGGGGGUCUCCCCAACCAGAAUGCUUGCCACAGGAUAAGGUCGUCCCGCCGCCUUCGCCAGAUUCAUCAAUAUCGCCUACUCCCAAUUUAUCUCUAGUACCUAACUAUAAUCCAGGUGAAGAACCGUCUACACGGGUUGUUUGCGUCUACGAGGCUACGCGAUUUUACGACAACAACGUCGAUCCAGAUGAUUUGGAUAGCUCUCUGUGCACUUAUGUCAUUUAUUCUUCUGUAGGACUCGCUGCUGAUGGAAGUCUCAACAUUCAAGGCAGUCCUGUCCCUGCAGGGGGCACCAAAAGUUUGUUUCAAAAGGUAGCAGACAUGAAAACUAGAAACUCUAAACUAAAAGUGUUACUAAGAGCAGAGGGGUCAGGUGAUAAGAAUUCUGAAUACCCAACAAUGGCAGAAAACGCAGAAAAAAGAAGCACGUUCAUUAGAAGCGUCGUUUCUUUCCUGGAGAUAUAUAAAUUUGAUGGGUUGGAUAUAUACUGGAAUGUACCUCAGUUUGAAGAUAGGGACAAAUAUAUUGAUCUACUGAAAGCGGUAAAAGAAACAUUCAAGCCAAAAGGUUGGCUGCUAGCUGUAUCUGUGUACAUUGCCCCUACCUAUAUAGGUUACCACGUAGGGAAAAUGAACGUAAUAGUAGACUGGGUGAACAUACAAAACUACAACAAUUACUUGGAGAGCAGUAAUCGUGUUGGUCAGUACUCCGGUUUUCGCUCGUCUUCUAAAGAAGGUGAUUGGGAAAUGGAGGCGAACAAUUUGGUGAACUCUGCCAAAUCCUGGGAAGUCAGAGGGUUGGCGAAAGAUAAGUUGGCUGUGUCUGUAGCGUUUUACGGGAGAUACUUCACUCUGAAGAAUCCUAAGAAACACGACAUCUUUGAUUAUACAGUGCCUGGAGAAUCCGGAUUACUUACCUAUUCUGAGAUAUGCCAAAAAUAUAGCAAUUGGACAAGAAUCUGGGACGAUGAACAGAAAAACCCUUACAAAUAUUCUGGCAAUAAAUGGUUUGGAUACGAUGAUCCAGAAUCAGUUACAAUAAAGGCUGAAUAUAUCAGUGACCUGAAGUAUUUCGGAGUGCACAUUUAUUCCAUAAACGCUGAUGACGUUCAAGGUAAAUGUGGACCGAAACAAGGUUUGCUAAAGUAUGUGCUCUCUGGACUCGGCUUCUCUGUAGAUUUAAAAACCUAGAGUACUUUAUUAAAAAAAAUUAAAAUACAUUUUUGCAUUAUU